AUGCAAAACUCAUUGGUUUUUGGAUUGGUGAGCUUGGUGGCUUUUUUGAUGGCCGAACAAAACUAUGGGCAACAAUUGUAUCAAUAUCAGGUGAGGAUUUUCUAGCUGGUUGAGACAAAAAAUUAGUUGUAGUUGUAUAGUGAGCCCUAAUAUGUUUUUUUUUAGAAUUCCUACGGUAUAUACUUUUCUAAAAAUCUUGGGUAUCAAAAAUAAUGAGAGGUUAUGAGUUCUAAGAAGUACUUAUCUAAAGUUUGCAUAAGUCUAAACCUGAUAUUAUCAAUCACAAAAACAGCCGAAAAUUAUGAGCUCAAAGUUUCAAAACAAACAUUUUGGAUUUCUAUGACUCAAAAAUUUUAUAUCAUCAUCAUAUCCCAAGAUUAUCACAGAAAACAGGAUUAAUUAUUCCGCUGGUUGAGAAAAAAAAGUUUUAUAUCUUGCAUUUUUGUAGUUGUAUAGUUCUAAAAAAUGUGUUUUACUUCUUUUUUUUUUAGAAUUUUCGAAGCAGUUAUAUGCACACAUUCUAGAUAAGGAACAUAAUAAUAUAAUUAUGGGCAUCAAAGCAUAAUAACUGGUUUCAGGUUUCUCAGAAACCUGAAGUUAACACAAGUCUCUAAAAAACUCUAAAUUUUCCUCGUCAUCCAUUUUUGUUCCAAGAUGUUUGCACUUUCUCAUUUUUGAUUUCUAAAAAAAAUCUAAUUAUGAAAACUGAAGAGUGUCAUUUUCAGUGAAACUUUCAUAUUAUUUUUUGAAUAACAAAAAAGUUGUCGGGAAAAAAUCUGAAUUUCAGAUGACUGCCUCGACAUCAUUUCCCAAAAGAAAAUAUGAUUAAUAUUCAGAUGAUCAUCUACUAGAAAACAACAAAAACUUUGAAUGGAGAAAUGGAGUUUUUGUGAAAAUUAUUACUCCUUUGGGAUAAAUUAGGAGGGUAAAAAUAGUAACAAUGAGAAAGAAACUUUGUUUGACUGACAAGGGAAGAUUUCAGAAUAAUCUUUCUCAGGCUAAAACAGAAGUUUGAAUAUUUUUUCAGUCAAAAUUCUCUCCACUCCAAUACAAACGUCACAUCUCACCAUCAUACGACGUUGAAGUCGGAGCCGGAAACAUGAAAAAUUUGUUCUCAAUCGGAAAACGACAACUCUCACCAGCAUACGAUAUGGCUGUAAACGCUGGAAACAUGCGGACACUUUUGGAUGUCGGAAAACGACAAGUUUCAGUUGCCAAUGAGAUCGGAGAUCAAAUCCAGGUUUGAAUUUUUGAUCGGGGAAUAUUUAUUUAUAUUUAUAUUUUUUCUAUUUUGAUUUGCAUUUAUUUCAUAGAAAAUAAUAUUAAUUAUUAUUAUUAUUGCAAAUUGUGCAGGAAAAAAAUAAUUAUAAAAACCAAGACAUCACUAAUUAAUUUCUAGAAUUGUGUAGAUUUGAAAAAGGGCAAGUGAUUCUUUUCCUGUUUUUGAGAUUUUGGAGGUUUUGUUGAAAAGAAGAGAAGUGUAACCUGAUUUUCUUUGAAUACGAACUUUAAAUCUACUUACUUCUUUUAUAAAAUAAGAAUGAGGAAUGUUGCAACAAAGGAUAAGGGGAAAUGUCUGCUUGGCCUGAGCCUUGUUUCAAACCUUUUUUCUACGUGAGAAUUCUGAAUACUGAAAUUCAAAUAAGAUUGCAUUAAUUCAAUGUUCCCAUUUCCUCAAUGAAAAAAAAGAGCUCAACAACAAUAAAAACAAGCAUAAAUUACACUUUAAGCACUAAAAUUUAAUUUUCCUCAUCUCAUUUUAUCUCAUUCCAUUUCCAGAACCGAAAAUAGCAAAGAGAUGGGUGAUCUUUAUUCGCCGCACAUAAAACGUACUACAAUUAUUUUCAUAAACAAAGUUGAUAUCAUUUUAUUUCUUGAGUUCAAAUUGUAGGGUAUGGAAAUUGAUAGUUUUGAGUAAGACAGGAGAAAGGAAGUAAAUUAUGGUGUGAAAAUUGUAAUAAAAUAUGAUGUCGUAUAGGUGGUAAAUAGAUAUUGUUUUGGGGGAGCUCAAGAACCGGACCAAAGACAGAAGUUUUUAAGUUGUCCGAUUUUACACCAAGAUCUUAGCAGAAGUGUUUGUCCAGAACUCUCAGCUUACCUUCUCCAAAAAAUGCAUUUUUCCAGAUGUACAACCGACUUUUUGAUGCUGGAAAGAAAAGAUCAGCAAUCUCGCCAGCCUACAACUUCCAAUCCUCAAUGGGACUUUCGGAUGCACUCGAACAAGCUGGACGACGAUAA